AUGGUUGACACCCAAAAAGAAUUAAGAGAGCCUAAGUGUUUACCCACAGAAAACUAAAUCGAAUAAGAAUAUCUUAUUCAAUAAAUUAAAAGAAUAUAUCUAUAAGAAAAAGAAGAGAUUGAAGAUGAUGCAGAAUCAAAACAAUAAUUAGGGUUUUUUGACGUGUUGAAUCAAAAAUAUAAAGAUAUUAAAAAUCAUGAUGAUUGGAAAUUAUAUAGGGUCUAAUUUUUACAAUAAUUUAUAUUUUAUCGAAUAGUUUCAUAGAUACAAUUAUUUCAUUUUGUUAGAAAGCUCUAAUUGAAUUAUAAGUUUUAGAAAAAGAUUAAAGAGUUUGAAAUUUAUUGA